AUGGGAUUCCCCAAAACCAUACAUGUAAGUGUUGGGGAUGGAAUGGGUAAUGCAAAUACAUUACCGGCUUAUGGAGAUGGUGAUGGUGCAAAUACAUUUCGUGCUUUUAACCCAACUCAAGCCGAAGAAACUUAUUCAAUGGUCACCGCUAACCGCUUUUGGUCCCAAAUCUUUUGGGUUGCUUUUUCCAUUAAACGUUGGUUACAUUUCUUUAUGUUAUUUGUACCAGUAACCGGCUUAUGGAUGAGUGCUCUUGGAGUAGUUGGUCUGGCUCUUAACCUACGUGCCCAUGACUUCGUUUCCCAGGAAAUCCGUGCAGCGGAAGAUCUUGAUUUUAAGACUGUCUACACCAAAAAUAUUGUUUUAAACGAUGGUAUUCGUGCUUGGAUGGCGUCUCAAUUAGAGAUGUUAAAAAUAAUGAAUCAACGUCGAUUAUAA